AUGAUAACCUCCUUAGAUGUAGUACACGAAUUAUUAACCACCAUAUAUUAUGAAAUAUUUUCUCGAAAAAGAAAUGAAAUUGUUAAAUAUGAUAUUUUGCUAUUUAUAGAUGACUACUACUAUUUUGAUGUUUUAAAUAAAAUAAGUCGAGAUAUAAAUGAGUUAGAUAAUACAUGUACAAUAAUUGAAAACACUAAUUUUAACGAAAUAUUUACAAACUUUUGUAAAAGUAGAAAUUAUAUUAUAAAUAAUAAAACAUAUUCAACUGAGAAUGAAAAGAGAAUAGAUUUCCUUCACGAAAUUUGUUCAGAUUUGCUAUGUCUUAUAUAUGAAAAUGGGAAAAAUGGAAAAAGUGGGAAAAAUUGUCAAAGUGGGCAAAACCGAGUUAUAUCAAAGUGCGAGAAUAAUAAAAAUAAAGAGAGUAAACAUUUGAAAACGAUAAAUAAAAAUUUAAUAGAAAUAUAUAAUCUAACUAAUUACCCAAAUAAGCCAAUCGAUAAUAUGAAUAAAAAUGAUAUUAAAACAAUUUUAGAUUCCAAUAAAAUUAAAUUUAAGAAUAACGAUAUAAUAAUAAUGGAAAAAAUAAAUGAAGAAAAAGAAAAUUUAUUAACAAAAGUAUUAGAAAAAUAUAAUAAUGAAUAUGAAUUAAGAUAUUAUUAUUUAUUUUUAAAUAAUAUGCUAACAAUACAAACAAUGUUUACAUCACCUCUUGUUAAUAUAUAUUCAAAAGAAAUUCAAAAUAUAAUUAAAAAAAUAAUUCAAGUUAAAAAUAAUAUAUAUAUACCUAUAAAUAUUUAUGAUAUUUUAUCGUUUCAAUAUGAGCAAAUUAUAUUUAAUAAAAGUUCAUAUAAUAAUUUAAUUACUCCCGUAAAAAAAAUAAAAAUUGUAGAUGAUGUUAUAGAAAGGGGAGGUAUUCCUACAGAGUUCUCUAAAAAUGAAAUUAUAACAGAUCUUAUUAAUGCAAAUAUGGCAUUAAAAGAUAAAUAUAAUAAAUCGAGAAAACAGAGCGAGACAGGAUUUUCUAAUAAAUAUCGGGUUAAUAACUAUUAUAAUUCGCGUCGCUACUAA